AAAAAGGGGAAACAAAGGAAAGUCUAUAGCUCACAUUAUUCCUUGCUUUUAAUCAUAGGUGUGUUGGGAGCAGUUGGUGUGUCUACAGAUUGGGUUUUUAAUUUGUGGGGUCAACAUUCACUAUCAAAAUCAUCUCAGUGCCCAUUUUAUUUUAAUGUAGUCUUUUGCAUAAAAUCACCCUACAGGUACUUCUCAUCCACAUAUCCCCCAAAAAUCAACUCAUAUUUCUCUAGUUGACUGUUAUCAAGCAAGAAUUUCACCAUGCUCAUUAGUCUAGUUUAAGAAUUCUGUCAUUUUAGGUGUAAAAAAUAAGGAAGUCAGAUUUGUUGAAAGGGUUAUUUAACCAACAAAUUUCCUUGAGAAAUACAACCCAUUAGAAAACCUUGAAGUGGUUUUGCCUCUGAUGGGUACAAUUUUUGAUUGAUAAACUAAGGUCAAUGCUCUCAUGUCACAACCAUUUGCUAAAACCAGCCCAGGUCCAACUUCAUUUUAUAUAUGUUUUAUUAUUAUUAUUAUUAUUUUGUUUUUAUCCUCUCUUAGCUUUUAAUAUCUCAGAUGAACUGGCAGAAACAGUAAAGAAAGAAACCUUCGAGGUUUCUGUUUCAGUCUUCCAUUCUAUUGUUGCUUAUAAGAUGCAGGUUUUAAGUAGAGAGAGAAACCAUAUUUAAUACACAUGGGCUUGCCAGGAACCUGGAUUUCAUUGCCUUCCUUCCAUUUAAUUCCAUCUGAAUUUCUACCUUAGAGAGAUGUGAAGGAAGAAAGGCAGUUCAAAGUGCCCAUCUUGAGCCUUGCCUAAUUCAAUUUCUUCAUUUCCUCUAAGCAGAAGCCUAAAGAGAAGCACCCAAUUCUCUGGUCUUCAGAUCUCUCUCUCUCUCUCUCUCUCUCUCUCUCUCCCUUUAUCAUCUGCAAAUUCUCAUAUUUCUCUCCUUGGAUUGUUUUCCAGAAUGAGAGACAUAGCUUCUUGUUUUGGCGAAUACUCAGUAAAUGUAUCAGAUUCUUCUUGUUCCAGCUAUUCAAACAAUGCUUGCCUCUCUCCAAGCUUGAUUCCUUCAAUCCAAAAUGCAGUCACCAGUGUCUACAAAAUCAACCUCUCUACUAAGAAAAAGCUCCUGAUCUCAGUCACCUGGUGCAAGAACCAGCUGGGUCAAGGCCUAAGUAUAAACUUGGGGGAUGACCCAUCUGCUGCUUUCAAACUCAACACAAAUUCUCGCUUAUUUAGAAAGAAAAAGGGCAACAAAUUGUUGGAAUCUGAUAAUUUGAAGAUUGAAGUCUUCUGGGAUCUCUCUAUAGCCAAAUAUAACACUGGGCCUGAACCUGUUGAAGGUUUCUAUGUCAUGGUCGUGGUUGAUUCAGAAAUAGGCCUCCUCCUUGGUGACAUGGCUGAAGAAGCUGCAACCAGGAAGCUCAAAAGUGGCACCCCAGUUGCCAAAGCCUCCCUAGUUUCACGGCGAGAGCAUUGCUCUGGCAACACCCUUUAUUCAACCAAGGCCCAAUUCUGCGAUACAGGGACUGCGCAUGACAUUCUGAUCAAGUGUAGCGGAGAAAAUGAAGGACUAAAGCAUCCAGUUCUAUCCGUUAGUAUUGAUAAGAAGGUGGUAAUUCGGGUAAAGAGGCUGCAGUGGAAUUUCCGGGGCAACCAGACAAUUUUUGUUGAUGGCUUGCUGGUUGAUCUAAUGUGGGAUGUUCAUGGCUGGUUCUUCAAUCCAGCAUCCGGUUACGCCGUAUUCAUGUUUCGGACGAGAAGUGGGAUGGACAGCAGGUUGUGGUUAGAGGAGAAGUUGUUGCAGAAAGACCAGGACAGACUUGAAUUCUCUUUGUUGAUCUAUGCCUGUAAGAGCUUAUAAAGAAACUGACUUAUUCAUGUUUGUUUUCUGGAUUCCUA